UUAUUUUCAAGAUAUUCUUGAUAGCGAUGUUAGAUAUUAAAAGAUUGAAGUUGACUACAAUAUAAUCGCCAAAUCAGUAGACGAAAUUUAUUAGUUAAUUUAUUAGUUAUCCUAUUAGUAAUCACAAAUGUAAUUUAAUCGAUUGAUAAAAUUAAUUAUUAAUCAUGUAUAGUUAAUCAGAUAAAACUUUGGCGAUUAAUUAAUUUUGAUUAUUGAUUUGCCGAUCAUUUUAGUCAACUAAAAUUUUAAUUUAUUAAUGUUCAACACUGUUCGACACGUCGUUCACUGCGUUUAGUGAAUAUUAUCUACUCUGUAGAUAAUAUUCACCUCAUAUAAGAUUAAGAGGCUCUGAGCCUCUUAAUAAAAUAAUUAACUCAAAGAGGAAUCUCUCUGAUAAAUAAAAUUGUGAUUGAGGACAUCAGUUUCCGAGAAGAAAGAACUUGAUAUGAUAAAUUUACUAUGUUUAAACUUAAUUUAUUGUACGAAGAUAAGAAUAUGAAGCGAGCAAAGGUGUAGAGAGAGAGAAAGACCAUUAUUAAGUAACGAGGCAAAUCGAUAAGAUUACGAAUAGGAAUUUAUUGAAUCUACAAAUGAUUAAUUGUGCCACAAAUGAUGAAAUAUGUCCCAGACACAUGACGAUAUAUUUUCUCGAGGUCACGCGCGUUCGUUUGAAACCUGAGCUUCUUAAAGUUGCUGCGAGAUAUCGCGAAUACACACGAAUUUAUCGUACGAAGCGUGACUGGUCGGAAUUUUGAACUCAAAUCGUUUGGUUUUGAAUAUCCUUUUACAUCGAUGCGUGUCGAAGAUAUCUACGUGGCGGAAAAGCAUUACAAUGAAAGUAACAAAAGAUAAAUCUCAUCGUAUUAUUAAGAAUAACGAUAAGAUAGAAAAUUUAUUAUUUCACUGGCGUUAUACGUACGCGUUCCGCGUAAUCUUGAUGAUGUACGACAUAAGUGCUGGAAUUAUCGGAGUACUUAUAGAUGUUAUAGCGUAUAGGUGUAUUCUAAUUGCACGACGACAGUUAAUCUUAUCGCAACAAGAGGAAGUUCGCUGAUAAGUUGAGAACCGAACUGAACGGAAAUGGGGAUUUUCGCACGACCAAUUGUGGAAAUUUCGAGCACGCCGAGAGAGGGGCAAAAGAUAGCGACGAACGUGACGUCACAGGCACAUCAUGUGUCCAGGAAGAAACGGGGUCAGGCGAUCGGCUCUGUUGGAGGAUUUCGCGGAUGCACGAUCUGGAUGACCGGGUUGUCUGGCGCCGGGAAGACCUCCAUCUCUUUCCAACUCGAGGAGUAUCUCGUCUCUCGGGGAAUUCCCGCGUACAGUCUAGACGGCGACAAUAUACGCACCGGUCUGAACCGUAAUCUCGGCUUCAGCAAGGAAGACCGCGAAGAAAAUGUACGUCGCGUCGCCGAGGUCGCGCGACUCUUCGCCGACGCCGGCGUCAUCGCCCUCUGCAGCUUCGUGUCGCCAUUCGCGGCGGACCGACAAAUGGCUCGCGAGAUCCACGAGAACGCCGAUUUGCCCUUUUUCGAGGUGUUCGUCAAGGCGUCGCUCCAGGUGUGCGAAAGUCGCGAUGUCAAAGGACUCUACAAGAAGGCACGUCAGGGUAUUAUCAAGGGCUUCACCGGUAUCGAUCAGAAAUACGAUGUGCCGUCCGAGCCCGACCUCGUUGUCAACACGGAAAACAUGAGCGUACAGCAAUCCACUGAGCGCGUCAUUGACUUUCUCCAAUGUAAACGAAUUAUACCGGAAUCUUGCGGUGUCGGGCAGCCUCUUGAGCUCUUCGUGAGCGACGAUCGGCUGGCGGACGUUCGCAGAGAAAUCACGGCUUGUCCGGCUUUGGAAAUCGGCGAGGUGGACGUACAGUGGCUGCAGGUUCUCGCGGAGGGGUGGGCGGCGCCUCUGAAAGGAUUCAUGAGAGAAAAUGAGUACCUUCAAACGCUGCACUUCAAUUGUCUAUACGAGAACGGUGCUCAAAUCAAUCAAUCAAUCCCUAUCGUUCUCGCCGUGAAUGCCGACGAUAAAGAGCGAUGUUCUAAUUUGGACACGCUCGUUCUCAGAUAUCAGGGCAGAGAUCUGGCGGUUUUGCGCAAACCAGAAUUUUACUAUCAUCGUAAAGAGGAACGUUGCUGCCGCCAAUUCGGCACGAACGAUCCCCGACAUCCUUACGUAAAGAUGGUCUUGGAAUCUGGCGAUUGGUUGGUCGGCGGUGAUUUGGAAGUCCUCGAGAGGAUUCGCUGGAACGACGGUCUGGAUCGUUACAGGAUGACGCCUAAUGAAAUUAGGGCCAAGUGUGUGGAGAUGGGCGCCGACGCAGUUUUUGCUUUUCAGCUGCGAAAUCCGAUACACAACGGACAUGCAUUACUGAUGCAGGAUACCAGGAAACGUCUCCUCGAGGAGCAUGGCUUCAAAAAGCCGGUGCUUCUCCUUCAUCCCCUCGGUGGUUGGACCAAAGAUGAUGAUGUUCCAUUGCCCGUUAGGAUACGUCAGCAUGAAGCUGUUCUUGAGGAAGGUGUCCUGCACGAAGACACUAUUCUCGCUAUUUUUCCUAGUCCUAUGUGUUAUGCCGGCCCUACGGAGGUGCAAUGGCACGCCAAAAGCCGUAUGAUAGCCGGUGCGAACUUUUACAUCGUCGGCAGAGAUCCCGCAGGCGUUCCUCAUCCUGAUAAAUCCGCUACACCGGAUGGCAACCUUUAUGACAGCACUCAUGGUGCACGUGUCCUUUCAAUGGCACCAGGUUUGCAAAGUCUCGAGAUCCUUCCCUUUAAAGUGGCCGCUUACGACACCAGGACGGAGAGUAUGUCCUUUUUCGAAGCUGAACGAAGACAAGACUUUGUCUUCAUUUCUGGUACCAAAAUGCGUGGCUUGGCCAGAAAUGGCGAGGAUCCUCCCAAGGGCUUCAUGACGCCGAAAGCGUGGAAGAUUGUCGCAGAAUAUUAUCAAAGUGUACACAUACACGCAAAGAGUUAAUAGUAAUAUUGGAGGAUAAAUAAUAUAAUAAUGUUAAUAUAUACAUACCCAUACAUGUACAUAUCUUGCAGCAACAUUGCAGCAACACUGCUGCAACUUUUAACAUUGCUGCAACGUUGCAGCAAUAUUACUGCAAGAUCUUAGCUGCAUGGAAUAAUGUAUAAAGCAUAAUGCAAUAUAUAUAAGAUGAAUAACACAAAAAAAUUAUGUAUAAUAUAACAAAUACCGAUAUUGUAUAAAUAGCAUGAAACAUUUAACUAAUAUUAAAGCGAUAGAUAAUAAAAAGUAAAAUAAAUAUAGAAAGGUCAACAAGCCUGGAACCUUUGAUCGAUAAAUAAGCUACUGUGAAAUCGCUGAGAUAAUGAAAGAAGACUUGCAUGUUGUUGCUAGUCUAAUACCUCUGGUAUCUUUAUUUAUUGCAUCGAAUGACAUGGAAGGACAUUUUGUAGCUUAAAUAUAUUUGACGAUCAGCCGAGAAUCGGCGAUGGAAAGUA